UACCGUAUUUUGCCGAAUAUAAUACGCAGUGGUGUUUAAUACGCACCCCCCACUUUGAGCCUAAAAGUUGGUGAAAAAACGCACUUCAGGUGUAUAAUACGCAGCAAAAAUUUUGACCAAGCGGUAAUCUUUAUUUUAUACUUGGUGUUAAUUUUCACUUAAUAUUUUUGCAGAAAUAAUGAAUUCUAAACAAUACACAAUAAUUUGCAAACUUUUUGAGAUGAGGUCUACAUCGCGGUAAUCUUCAAUGAGAAUCUUCAGGGAAAUAUCAACCCGGACAAGCCUGUUCAUUUCAGUAAAGCACGAGAUUUUGUAGCAUUAAAGUCUUAACUGACUCGAUAUUUCCUUUGUUGAAACUUAAAAUCAAUCAAAUAGCCGAUGUUAUAAAAAUAAAAUUAAACAAUUAAACUAUCGCUUAUUUUACUGUAAUCAACACACCAUGGUAGGUACAAAGAUGCAAAUUAUCAACUCCUCGUUAACUACGAUGACUAUUAAAAUGUGUGAAAAAAAAUUUUGUUAGGUAUUUCUUUACCCGGAGGGGGUAUCUAACAAAAGCAGUGUACACAACAAUGGCUUCGUAAAACACACGCUUUUACGCAAGAAUAGUUAUUUCAAAGAUUCAAAUAAGUAUUUCAUUAAAAAUUAGGCCUAUCCAUAAAACUUACAGUAAACAAACUUUUAGCAAGUGACAAAAUUAUUUUCCAACAAUUUUAGCACGUGUCAAGGCAUUAUUGUGUACACAUGCUUUCAAUAAUGGCGGCAUGCGAUGUAAUGAAUAGUCAGAUCCAAUGCAAUUUGAUUGGCUGUUUGUUUCAUGAUAAUUGAAUUAUUUAGAUAUUGUAAGUAUAUAUAUCACAUUUUCUGCAAUUUUACGUUUCUGUAGUAAUUUUCUUGAGGUCGAAUUUUCUACUUAAUAAAUAGGUGAACGUGAAAAGGCGUACAGUAUCCGAAGCCUUGGUCUUUGAGUGAAAUAUUACACUAUACUUAUCGCCGAGUUUCAUCUUGAAAAAAAGGUCAAAAACCUAUUGUGGUAUAUAAUACGCACCCCUUUCUGGCACAAAAAUAUUCUCUAAAAAAAGUGCGUAUUAUAUUCGGCAAAAUACGGUAUGUUAAGGAAGCUUGAUGCAGAGAUACCAGAGGAGAAAUUUAAUGAUGAAGACCUGUCACCUUCUCUAGGAAAGUCAUCCCCAAACUGCAGUACAGAUCUGCAGGACUUACCACUACUGUCCCAGAUCACCCUAACUCCUCCCUCUCUCCAGCUGACCCCAGAAUUUGACCCCCAUCACACCACAUACAAAGCGCAGACAGACUAUAACACGAUUGUCUUCUCUGUAACUGCAAGAACCAAACACUGUAACACUACAGCAAGAUUCCAUACUUCUGAUGGAGAUGAAAGCUCUAUGACGUACACCCUCGGUCUGGGAGAGAACAGUGUUAAGAUCCACGUAGUUAUGAAGUCCAAUAGAGAACCAAAGUUCAUCAACACGUACCUUAUUUUGAUUUGGCGACAAGAAAGGGGAAUCCCCCAAUUUCGCCCCUCUCUACGAGUCUGUCAUCUGACACAGGAUUGUGAGCUGAAGUACUCUCCAAGAGAAAGUUGUGGACUGACUGCAGUAACCAAAUACAGAUCCUGGAGACUCUAUCUGAAGCACAGAGAUCAACUUCCUGUCUGUCAUCAGUCUGAUUAUCGGCAAGCUUCGUGGUUUGUUCCGUGUGAAGACUGUAAAAAUCCCAACUCAUGUCACUGGAGGAGUGCCAUGUGGCAGCCAGAAGUCUGCCAAUCCAAACAUUUGAAUGACCUCGACAUCAGCACCUGCUUCAGGGGCCGAAAGUUGCUUUUUAUAGGGGACUCAACCAAUCGGGGAAUCAUGCAUUACAUUCUGGAGAAGAUUAACGGUUCUAUUACGGAAUGGGACAAAACUCAUAACCUCAAACUCUAUAAAAGUAUCAAUGGCAACCAGACUGAUCUCAGCUACACAUAUUACCCACAAUUCUGGUUACCUACCAAUCACAGACCUGCAUUUGACAAGGCAAUAUAUCAGCUCAUCAAAUGGACACAACCUUUAACUGAUGACAACAGAACAGUGCUGGUAGUUGGUGGAGUUCAUUGGUUGGCUAGUCAGCAUUUAGAUCUCAUCGUCAAAGCUUUAAAGAGGGAAAAUUUAUCUCACAUUAAACUCAUCAUCAAAGGAUUGGGGUCCGGAUUCCAUCAGCAUGUAAAUGGUGUCCACUACUUACCAGAAGCAGACUUGCAGAAAGUUUUACUGAGAGAAGAGGAAUUAGAAAGACAUGGCAAAAAGCUGGGUUUUGAAUUCAUCAAAACAUUUAAAAUGACAAUGGCCAGAUUUAAAGAUUUUUUACAGGGGAAAUGUGCUUGCCAUUUUCAUAAGGUAAGUAUAGUAGUCUUCGGAUUUCAGAGGUUUUUAGCUCACUUGACCUGUAAACUCAAGUGGGCAUUUUCUGAUUACCUGUUGUCCGUCCAUCUGUCAACUUUUCGCAUUUUCAACUUCUUCUCCAGAACCACUGGACCAAUUUCAACGAAUCUUGGCAAAAAGCGUUCAUGGAUGAAGGGAAUUUAAGUUUGUUUAAGUGAAGAGCAAUGCCCUUCUCCAAGGGGAGAUAAUGGUAAAAUAGUAAAAAUACACUGAAAAAUUAUUUUAAAUUUUUUUUCCAGAAUCAGCAGGCAACCCAACUUUGCACAAAGCAUCCCUAGGUGAAGGGGAUUCAAGUCUGUUCAAAUGAAGGGCCAUGCUCCCUUCAUUGGGAAAAUAAUGCAAAAAUAGGGUGGAAUCAUUAAACAUCUUCUUAAGAACCACAGGGCCAGUUGUUGAAAUUUAUAUGAAAGUGUCCUGACAUAGUGCAGAUUCAAGUUUGUUCAAUUCAUGGCCUCUGGGGGUAGGGUAGGGCCAAAAUAGGGAAAACCUGUUAAAAAUCUUCUCAAGAACCUAAGCUAGGGCUUUCAUAUUUUGUGUAUAUGUCCCUUACGACAAAGCAUUUCAUGUGAUCUAAUGUUUUCUGAUCUUGUGACCUUAAACUGGAAGUUUGACCUACUUUUACUAAAAAUCUUAUCUAUUCAGUAUGUCCUGAACUACCUAAGGUAGAUCUUUCAUGUCUUAAUAUAUAUAAAUUUCUUUUUGCAAAAUCUUUUAUUUCAUAUCAUGUCUUUGAACCUUGAAGUCUGAGUUUGACCUACUUUUAAGAUAAGUAUAUGUAUAUCAGGAUCUAUUUUAGGUACAUGUAGAUAUUUUUUAUGGCAAGACAUUUGCAACACAAUAAUGUUUGAUCUUUUUGACUUUGGAGUUUGACCUACUUUUAAAAAACUGACCUUUAUAAUAACUCCUGCAUUAUUUAAGGUACGUCUUUCAUGUUUUGAAUUCUUUAUGGCAAGACCUUGUUAUACUUUGGUGUUGACCUUAAACAACAGCAAGGUCAAGGUGGCUCAGGUGAGAGAUGUGGCCCAUGGGUCUCUUGUUAUGAAAUUCUUGCAAAUUCUCCUAUCAACAGUACCAUUUUUAUAAUCGGAUAUGGCUGGAAAUACUUAAAUAUGAAUAAGAUUAAAUUUUCUGAUCGAAAACCAAAAAACUUCUUGAAAAAUAAUAUAGGAUGUACAACGUUUAAACUCUUACAAUGUAUGUAAAUUUAGUUUUGUUGAGUUUAAGUCCCAGAGAAAAAAGUUGGAAAAUUUACUCACAGUAGCAUUCUAGUACUUGAUUAUUGUGAAAAUUUCAAAAAUAGAAAAUGCCGAAUUGCUUCUCUGUACAACUGUAAAAUCAUGCAUUUUAAGGUUAAAAGUCAAUGAGUUGUUUUUUAAUUUUUAGUAAAGAAGCAGUUUGUGUUAAAGUUGUCUUUGCUAUACAAUGUUCAUACACGAUGACUGUAAUUAUUAUAUUGUGAAAAGUGGUAACAUUCAUGUAAUAUACUUUCAUUCACACAAUUCUUCUCUAUGAGAUGUAAGAUAUGUUAAUAUGAAAUGAAUUACAACUUUUAUGUUGUGCUCUGUCAUUAAUGAAGUGAAGAACAAUUAGACAAUAUUGUACUUGCAGUUAGCAGAGAUGAAGAAUAGCGGCCUCAGUAGACCGAUUUACCAUGUUGAAGGUGAAAUCAAUGCAGUCUACUCACAAAUGAUUAUCAACAGCAUAUGUAGGACAUGAAAAAGACAGGAUCAAGGACAAAUAUACACCUCUCAGUCUGUCUGUCUGUUAAUAUUGUCCAGGGUUCAGAUGCCAUCCAGUAAAUAUUUACUAGAGAAGUAAGAAACAUAGGUGUGAUUUCCUAGCAGCUAUCCUCUACAUGUUAUGUUGUCAUUCAAGUUUACUAUGACAUAUACAUGUACACUAAGAUAUAUCAUAUUAUAUGAAAUACUCAACUACAAAGGAAAAGCAGUUAAACAAUGUAUAUGUAUUGUUUGUGAGAGGGCUAAUAUAUGAGGUAUAUGUAUUGUUUGUGAGAGGGUUUAUAUAUGAGGUACAUGUGUUGUUUGUGAGAGGUGUUAUAUAUGAGGUAUGUGUAUUGUUUGUGAGGGGUUUUAUAUAUGAGGUAUAUGUAUUGUUUGUGAGAGGGGUUAUAUAUGAGGUAUAUGUAUUGUUUGUGAGAGGUGUUAUAUAUGAGGUACAUGUGUUGUUUGUGAGAGGUGUUAUAUAUGAGGUAUAUGUAUUGUUUGUGAGAGGUGUUAUAUAUGAGGUAUAUGUAUUGUUUGUGAGAGGGGUUAUAUAUGAGGUACAUGUGUUGUUUGUGAGAGGGUUUAUAUAUGAGGUAUAUGUAUUGUUUGUGAGAAGGUUUAUAUAUGAAGUACAUGUGUUGUUUGUGAGAGGUGUUAUAUAUGAGGUAUAUGUAUUGUUUGUGAGAGGUGUUAUAUAUGAGGUAUUUGUAUUGUUUGUGAGAGGUGUUAUAUAUGAGGUAUAUGUUUGAUGCAGCUUGAGAUUACACACAAAUAUUGACUGGCACUGAUAAUGUAAUAAAACAUUUGAUAUUUUGUGUUGUUGACUACGUUAAAGACAAAAACUAUGGCUAAAUCUGUUUCUGUAAUUCUGUUUUACUGGUGUAGAGCUUGUCCAUUUGUGUUCAUUUGUUAAUGGGUAUCAUUAUAUUUCUGUGAGGUACGUGUGUCCUGUAUUGAACAUACUAGAUACAGAUAUUAUCGGGUUCAUUAUGUAAUAGAUUAAUCACAGCUACAACAGUGUUUGAUUAACUACUCAUGUAUGCCUUGUAUGAACAUUUCAAAGAACAAAAUACUCUGUAUUUAAAUAUACAUUUGUUAACAUUUAUGAAAGUUUAAUAAAAUGUUUUCAGAAAUUCAA